ACUUCCGGGGUCGAGGAGAGGCCAAUGAGACGUCUGCAGCUGCCGGAGGAGCGGGGCCGCGCGCUCCCUGAACGCCUAAGGCGGGUUUUGCGCAUGCUCAUAUAAAGCUCUCCUAACCCGUUUUCCGGUGAACAUUUCACGUGUUUCGGAGUCGGAGUCUGUGUUUAGCUUUACUGAGGAGCUCUAACUUUUGGCGGGUAUGAGUGAUUUCAGUGAAGAAUUAAAAGGGCCUGUAACAGAUGAUGAACAAGUGGAAACAUCUGUGCUCUCUGGUGCAGGAAUGCAUUUUCCUUGGCUUCAAACAUACAUAGAAGCUGUGGCCAUUGGAGGGAAAAGGAAGAAGGAUUUUGCUCAGACAACAAGUGCUUGUUUGAGUUUUAUCCAAGAAGCUCUGCUGAAGCACCAGUGGCAGCAAGCUGCAGGAUACAUGUACAGUUAUUUUCAGACCUUGGAAGAUUCAGAUAGCUACAAAAGACAGGCUGCACCUGAGAUUAUUUGGAAGCUUGGAAGUGAAAUUCUAUUUUAUCAUCCCAAAAGCAAUGUGGAGACUUUCAAUACUUUUGCUGACCGGAUGAAAAAUAUUGGCAUCAUGAAUUAUUUAAAGAUCUCCUUACAACACGCAUUAUAUCUUCUGCAUCAUGGAAUGCUUGAAGAUGCAAAGAGAAAUCUGAGUGAGGCAGAGACAUGGAGACAUGGUGAAAAGACGUCUUCCCGGGAAAUAUUAAUCAACCUUAUUCAGGCCUACAAAGGGCUUUUGCAGUAUUAUACCUGGUCUAAAAAGAAAAGCGAAUUGUCAAAGCUUGAUAAAGAUGAUUAUGCUUACAGCACAGUAGCCCAAGAUGUGUUCAACCACAGCUGGAAGACGUCUGUAAAUAUUUCUGCAUUGAUUAAAAUUCCUGGAGUUUGGGACCCUUUUGUGAAGAGUUAUGUAGAAAUGCUGGAAUUCUAUGGGGAUCGAGAUGGAGCCCAAGAGGUACUCACCAAUUAUGCAUAUGAUGAAAAGUUUCCAUCAAAUCCAAAUGCCCAUAUCUACUUAUACAACUUUCUAAAGAGACAGAAGGCACCAAGAUCAAAAUUGAUAAGUGUGCUUAAGAUUUUGUAUCAAAUUGUGCCAUCUCAUAAAUUGAUGUUGGAAUUCCAUACAUUACUUAGAAAAUCAGAAAAGGAAGAACACCAUAAACUGGGGUUGGAGGUAUUAUUUGGAGUCUUAGAUUUUGCCGGAUGCACUAAGAAUAUAACUGCCUGGAAAUACUUGGCAAAAUAUCUGAAGAAGACCUUAAUGGGAAACCACCUUGCAUGGGUUCAAGAAGAGUGGAACUCCAGGAAAAACUGGUGGCCAAGCUUUCAUUUCAGCUACUUUUGGGCAAAAAGUGAUUGGAAGGAAGACACAGCUUUGGCCUGUGAGAAAGCCUUUGUGGCUGGAUUACUGUUAGGAAAAGGUUGUAGAUAUUUCCGGUAUAUUUUAAAGCAAGAUCACCAAAUCUUUGGGAAGAAAAUUAAGCGGAUGAAGAGAUCUGUGAAGAAAUACAGUAUUGUAAAUCCAAGACUCUGAUGCUGGAUUUUAGUUAUUUCACAGUAGUAGCUACACAGAUGCAGCAGCAUGUAGCUGGACAGUGGAGAAAACCCGCCAGUGGAAACAGUGGAGACAACUGUCCCUGAGUCAUACAGUAAACCCACGGGGAAAGCCUGGCCAGAAGCGAACAGCAACUUUCCUGGAACAUGAGCUGAGCUUUGUAACAUGAUGGGAUAAUUGGUAGAAUAGUGCUGCUUCAGAAAUGUUUUGGCUGUUACACAUUCACUGCUGAGAUAACUAGUAAUCGGGUUCCAUGAAGGCUCACUAACUUCAGAGCAAGUCUGAUAUUUAGAUGGCAAGACACAUAUGUUUCCCAUUGGCUUAUAUUCCUACUGAUUUUAAACCAUCUGCAAGAAGAUUAGUGGACAAAUUGUGCUUUGUCAACAGUUUAUAUUUCAAUAUUACUUAGUAAGAAAGGUCUAUCAAUAAAGAAGUACUUAUAAAGUAUAUGUAAAAUGAGUAGGUGUUCCAUAGAACCAAAAUAAACCAAGUAAAAGCUGCCACAUAAAUAGGGCUAGCUUUACUCUUGGGAGUCCAUGAUUGGGUUGUGUAGGAGUUCUGUAUAAGACCAAUACUCCAGGAAUGAAAUUCCCAGAUGAUGUGGAAAAAAUCUCAAAGCAUAGCCCAAGAUCUGCUUCCUGAAACUUUUAGCCAAAAGCUAUAAAACAGGAUGAUGAUUUCUCUUGAUCGCUAAGAAAAUGGAGGUGAGGAUAAAAGAAAUGAGUAGAUACGAUUCUUGGUUUCCAUACAAAACUGUCUCUUAAAAUUUUUACAUCAAAUGUUCUUAUCUAAUUGUUCAGUAAGAGUAGUGCAAUUCACCUGUGAAACUUCUUUAGGUCCAUUGAUGUUUAAGCUGCUUCCAUGAAUAAUAGUAAUAGCUAAAAUUUAUCAAGCACUUUGGGUUUUACCUUUCAUCAUAUAACCACCACAAUUAUAUGAAUCAUUCCUACUUUACCAAUAAAGAAAAUGAAGUCAUUGGAGAUGAAGUAACUUGCCAAGGUCACAGUUUGUAGGUGUUGGCACCAGGAUCCUAACCCAAUCAGUGUGGUUCCAAAGAUCACACUCUCACGUAGUAGCUGUAUGACCUCCCAGUGCAGUUGGUGUUGACUACGUGCAGAGCACUGAGCUAGGUAGAGUGAGACAAAACAGCAGAAGCCAGGUCUGCUCAUUUCUGCUUGCCAGCAUCAGUUCACAAAGCCCCUGACCCUGUGAUGACAUGCAACUCUCUGGAAAGAUGCCUUAAAAACAAAACAGCAUAGAGCACAGGGCACCCCCACGCCUUUUGCCUGAGUCACUACAUUCCUUAAAAGUUAAAUGACCCCAGUCUUUGCCUUUUCCUACACAUGAGAGAAUGUCUGAUGGGAUUAGUGAUUAUGCUUCUGUAAUCCAUAACCAGAUGUACUCUUAGACCCAAACCUUGAUGAGAUUCUGUUUGAAUGCAGCUUUUGAGCAAGAUGGAAGUGAUUUUGCGCUGUAGGGAAUUCCACCACCUGUAUAUAAGCAGUGAGCUAAACUACUGUGCUGGAGCAGUCUGACAGGACUGCUCGCUUAUGUGGUUACUACUUAUAACCAUUCAUCACGACUACUUUAAGACACUUUAAGUAGCAAUAACUAAAGAUAAUUUAAAGUCUUGUUUUCUCAUUGAAACCUCUGAAUGUAUGUAUUUAAGAUGUACAUCUUCAUAUUUGAUAUACAUUGCGAAAUGAUCACUACAAUCAAGCUAAUUAAUAUCUUCAUUACCUCUACAUAAUUACCAUUGUGUUUGUGUUGUGUAUAUAUGUGUGAUGAAAAGAUCUAUCUUUUUAACAAAUUACACGUAUGUAAUAUAAUACUGAACUGUGAUCACCAUGCUGUACAUUGGCUCUCCAGAAAUCAUUUAUCUUGUAUAAAUGAAACUUUGUACCAUUUGACCAAUAUCAGUCUAUUUCCCCUUUCCCUCAGCCCCUAGCAACCAUCUUACCCUCUGCUUCUGUGAAUUUGGCUCUUAAAUUUCACAUACAAGUGAGAU